CAUCUUAAACCGGAAGCAGUUCCUCAUAUAGCUGUAAGUCGCUCUUAUCCUGCACACAGACAGCGUGCUGCUUUCUCUGGACCUGCACAGCUGCAGCUCCUCACUGUGUCCUUCACCAGCUGCACUGCAGGAGAUACAGGAGGUGCAGGAGAUACAGGAGGUGCAGGAGGUGCAGGAGGUACAGGAGGUGCAGGAGAUACAGGAGGUGCAGGAGGUGCAGGAGAUACAGGAGGUGCAGGAGAUACAGGAGGUACAGGGGGUGCAGGAGCGCUCGAGGCCGUCACGGCGUUAACAACAGAACACCUAACCUAAAAUGCUUCAUAUAGGAGGAUCCACAAGCCUGAAUCGGGAGAAACCGAGAGUUCGCUGCUCCUCUGACGUCAUGGAGUUUUCUCUGGUUCAUCCUGUGUUUAAAGCCUUCAUGUGUGGUUCUCUGAGCGGAACCUGCUCCACUCUGCUCUUCCAGCCACUGGAUCUGGUGAAGACCCGUCUACAGACUGUACAGAACAAUGUACAGCCCGGUUCAGGAAGGGUUGGCAUGGUAACCGUCUUUCUCACCGUUGUGAGGACGGAGAAGCUGCUAGGACUUUGGAAGGGAGUCUCACCUUCAUUUGUACGGUGUAUCCCCGGUGUUGGAAUCUACUUCAGCACAUAUUACGGUGUGAAGCAGCGGUUCUUCAGCGACAGAGCGCCGUGUCCCGUGGAGGCCGUGCUGCUGGGUGCCGGAGCCCGGUGUGUAGCGGGAGUCUGCAUGCUGCCGGUCACCGUCAUCAAAACACGCUUCGAGAGCGGGCGUUAUAACUACAGCGGUGUAGUAGGAGCUCUGCGCAGUGUGUGUCGGACAGAGGGGCCGAGAGCACUGUACUCUGGUCUCACAGCCACGCUGCUCCGCGACGCUCCCUUCUCCGGCAUCUACGUCAUGUUCUACAGCCAGGCCAAGAACACACUGCCUCACGAGAUAAGCGAGUCAGCGUAUGCUCCUCUAGCGAACUUCAGCUGCGGCGUCGGAGCCGGCGUGUUUGCGUCUCUGCUCACGCAGCCUGCAGACGUGGUGAAGACGCACAUGCAGGUGAAUCCGCAUCGGUUCAGGAGGAGCGCAGACGCUCUCGCGUACGUCUACACGGAGCACGGCUUGACUGGGUUUUUCCGUGGAGCAGUGCCUCGGUGUCUGCGCAGGACGAUGAUGGCGGCGAUGGCGUGGACCGUGUACGAGCAGCUAAUGGCGCGAAUGGGCCUCAAGUCCUGAGAGAGAGAGAGAGAGAGAACGAGAACGAACGGACGGACGAGCGAGAGGUGGUGACGCGAGAGGUUUUGCUCAGGUCUCAGAGAGAGCGGGAGUUUUGGAGUCGGAGCGAACGUUUCUGCUUCCAAGACGGCGCGUUCGAACGAUCUUUUCCUCCGAAUCCCAGACAUCUACAGUGCACGGUUUACUUUCGGCGCUGUGCCCAAGAGCUCUUUAUCGUACAAAACGGCCGAGAACGAAAAGGAAGAGAAGCGAGAGGAAAUUCAGCCCGUGCUCUGGAGAAGAUGUAAUCAAAAGUGCCCUGAUCUCCAAACACAACCCAGGCGGUGGAAGAUAAGUGUUCUUCCUCUGAUAUCAGGAUGCUAAAGGAGCAGCAAUAAGAUCUCCAUCCUUGCUAAACCUUCUCCGCUGCGUGAACACACGUGCGUAACCGCAUCGUAUGAACAAACCGUCUGGGACUUCAGCUUUGCACAGCUAUAAAACUAGAAACGCAUGAUAGCAUAGGAACAUUCCAGCAGCCACGAGCGGUCCCUCCCCCGGCAGCCACGAGCGGUCCCUCCCCCGGCAGCCACGAGCGGUCCCUCCCCCGGCAGCCACGAGCGGUCCCUCCCCCGGCAGCCACGAGUGGUCCCUCCCCCGGCAGCCUUAAAUGUUAAACGUCACCAGAACACGUGAAGCGUUCCACCGUUCAAGCCUCCGUUCAAGACUACGGAAAAUUCGACUCGACAGCUUCCAGCCAAUUGGCUUCGAGGAUUCAACGAUGCUGCGUUUUUUUAUUUUGUCUUUGCUUCAGAUGUUGAGUAAUAAAUACGAGCACAGCAUCACCGCUCGCGUAUUCAGUGUGAUCUACACUUCGAGCCGAGUGGCGAUGCAAUAUUUCAGUCUCAUCACUGGGGACUAAUAACCCGCGAGACGGCACCGGAAAACGUCUCAGGACCGUGAUCAUGUCUUUCUUUAGUUUGCAUAAUUAUUGCAACAGUGUGUGUAUUUUAUAUAUAUAUUAGUGUGUGUGUGUGUGUGUGUGUGUGUGUGUGUGUGUGUGUGGUUGCUAACUUGCUAAUACAAUGAAAUAAAAUCAAA